GCAAGAGGAGCGGGGCCCGGGGGGCGCCGGAGCGUAGCGAACAGAGACUUCCCCGAGGAUUAGCCCCGCGCCACCUCCCGCCGCCGCGCAGGAAUGAGAUGUUAAUUCUGCAGUGUUGAUGUUUUACAAUGCCUGAUCAAGACAAAAAGGUGAAGAGCACAGAAAAGGGAACAGACAAAAAACCUCAAGAGAUCACUGCAAGGGAUUACUCUGAUCUUAAAAGACUUCGGUCUCUUUUAAAUGUCCAGUCAAGCAAACAGCAGCUCCCAGCCAUUAACUUUGAAACUGCUCAAAAUAGUAUGACCAAGUCAGAACAAUACACUAACAAGACUAAUGGACAAAGAAGCCGAGGUCAAUGGAAAGAAUCAACUGAAGCUGUUGAACUUGAAAACUUUAGUAUGAACUACAGGAAUGAGAGAAAUUUUAGCAAGCAUGCUCAACACAAACAGUUUCAAGAGAUCUUUACAGCUUUGGUUAAGAACAGACUUACUUGCAGGGAGUGGGUUAAUCGAGCCCCAUCCAUCCAUUUCCUAAGAGUACUAAUCUGUCUUCGAUUAUUAAUGAGGGAUCCAUGCUAUCAGGAAGUGCUCCAUAACCUGGGUGGGAUUGAAAAUCUAGCCCAGUAUAUGGAAACAGUAGCAAAUGGAUAUCUUGGAUAUGGAGAAGAGCAGCAUAAUGUAGACAAAUUGGUCAACAUGACAUAUAUUUUUCAAAAACUCUCUGCUGUUAAAGAUCAAAGAGAAUGGGUUAUAGCCAGUGGAGCACAUAAAACUUUAGUAAAUUUGCUAGGAGCCAGAGACAGUAAUGUGCUGUUGGGUGCACUCCUUGCUCUUACUAGCUUAGCAGAAAGCCCAGAAUGUAGGGAGAAGAUCAGUGAGCUCACCAUUGUAGAAAACUUGCUGGUGAUAUUACAUGAAUAUGACUUGCUAUCUAAAAGGCUGACUGCAGAGCUGCUACGUCUCCUCUGUGCUGAGUCACAAGUCAAAGAGCAAGUGAAACUGUAUGAAGGAGUUCCUAUCCUGCUCAGUUUGCUCCAUUCAGAUCAUCUCAAGCUUUUGUGGAGUGUAGUUUGGAUUCUGGUACAGAUUUGUGAAGAUUGUGAGACUAGUGUGGAAAUCCGUAUUUGGGGCGGUAUCAAGCAACUCCUUCAUAUAUUACAGGGAGAUAGAAAUCUAGUUUCUGAUCGUUCUUCUAUUGGGAGUUUAUCUAGUGCAAAUGCAGCAGGGAGACUCCAACAGCUUCAUUUGUCAGAAGAUUUAAGUCCUCAAGAAAUACAAGAAAAUACUUUCUCCCUUCAAGCAGCUUGUUGUGCUGCAAUUACUGAAUUGGUGCUCAAUGACACUAAUGCUCACCAAGUAGUACAGGAAAAUGGGGUAUAUACAAUAGCAAAACUGAUUUUACCAAACAAACAAAGGAAUGCAGUAAAAGCUAAUUUAUUACAGUGUUAUGCUUUCAGAGCCUUGAGGUUUCUCUUCAGUAUGGAAAGAAAUAGACAUCUCUUUAAAAGACUCUUCCCGACUGAUUUGUUUGAGAUCUUCAUUGAUAUUGGACAUUAUGUUCGUAAUAUCAGUGCUUAUGAAGAGCUGGUAUCAAAGCUAAAUUCAUUACUGGAGGAUGAACUGAAGCAAAUUGCUGAAAAUAUUGAAAGCAUUAAUCAAAAUAAAGCACCAUCAAAAUACAUAAGCAAUUAUGCGAUUUUAGAUCAUCUUGGCAGUGGAGCUUUUGGAAGUGUUUAUAAGGUUAGAAAACAUAGUGGCCAAAAUCUACUAGCAAUGAAAGAAGUCAAUUUACAUAAUCCAGCAUUUGGAAAGGACAAAAAAGACAGAGACAGCAGUGUAAAGAACAUUGUCUCUGAAUUAACAAUCAUCAAAGAACAGCUUUAUCAUCCCAAUGUUGUACGAUAUUACAGAACCUUCCUGGAAAAUGACAGGCUCUACAUAGUAAUGGAGCUCAUAGAAGGGGCACCGCUGGGAGAACACUUUAAUUCUUUGAAGGAAAGGCAACAACAGUUUACAGAAGAUAGAAUAUGGAAUAUAUUUAUACAACUGUGUCUAGCUCUCCGUUACUUGCACAAGGAGAAGAGGAUUGUCCAUAGAGACAUCACUCCAAACAAUAUCAUGCUGGGGGAUAAAGACAAAGUAACAGUUACUGACUUUGGUCUUGCAAAGCAGAAGCAAGAAAACAGCAAACUCACAUCAGUUGUGGGAACUAUUCUCUACUCCUGUCCUGAAGUUGUAAAGAGUGAACCAUAUGGCGAGAAGGCUGAUGUCUGGGCUGCGGGGUGCAUUCUUUAUCAGAUGGCAACUCUGAAGCCACCUUUUUACAGCACCAAUAUGCUCUCCUUGGCAACUAAAAUAGUAGAGGCUAAGUAUGAACCAGUGCCAGAAGGAGUUUACUCUGAAAAAUUGUCAGUUACUAUUAAAAGGUGCUUGACUCCUGAUGCAGAAACUCGUCCAGACAUAAUAGAAGUCAGUUCAAUGAUAUCUGAUGUGAUGAUGAAGUAUUUAGAUGGAUUGUCCACCUCCCAAUUUGCUUUGGAGAAGAAGCUGGAGCGCGAGAGGAGACGCACCCAGAGAUAUUUCAUGGAGGCUAAUAAGAAUGCAGUGACAUGUCACCAGCAGCUUGCCAUCUUAUCUCAUGAACAUUCGGAGAAGUCAAGCCUCAGCAGCAGCAGCAGUGGAGCAGCCAGUUUCAAAAGCGAAUUUUCAGAAACAACUGACAUUCCAACCGAAAACUUUCAUCCAACAUGUGGAAAAGAUGAAGACAGAACAUGUGAUGAAAUCGUAUCAGAUGACAACUACACUUUAGAAAACUCUGAGAAAGAUGUCUUCUCUGAAUUAGAUGAUGAGCUGGACAUAUCAGAUAAUUCCAGCAGCUCCAGUUCAAGUCCUUUGAAAGAAUCUGCAUUUGGUAUAAUUAAACGAAGUUUCAGUGCUUCUGAAAGACCACCUCAGACAAGAGAUUAUAUUGGAGGCCUAGGAUCAAGGCCAAGACCAGCUUUGCUGCCUCUUGAUCUGCUUCUGAGAGUACCUACGCUCAUGUUCAGGGCCAACGUUAAGAAAAUAGAGACAUCGUUAGUGACAGGGUGGCAGUCUUAUAGCCUUCCAGCUGUGGUUCUUCGCAACCUAAAAGAUCAUGCAUCUGCAGGAAUUGCUGUGUCACAAAGGAAGGUGCGCCAGAUCAGUGACCCUAUUCAGCAGAUGCUAAUUCAGCUGCACAAACUAAUCUACAUCACUCAGCUUCCUCCAGCUUUGCACUGCAACUUGAAAAGAAGAGUUAUUGAGAGAUUCAAGAAAUCUCUCUUCAGCCAACAGAGCAAUCCUUGUAACUUGAAAUUGGAAGUUAAAAAGCUGCUCCAGGGUUCUCCUGAACUGAUUGAGCCCAACUUUUUUACAGCAGAUUGCCAUUUAUUACUUCGCUCCACUGGGGGAAAUAUAUUGGCCCCAGAUGAUAGAACAGGCUUUUCUGGCAGUUUUGACAUGGAGGAAGGAAUGACGUAUGAACAGAUGCAGUCUGUGAUUGAAGAGGUUCUGGAGGAAAGUGGUUAUUACAAUUUCACUUCUAACAGGUACCACUACUAUCCGUGGGGAACAAAGAACCAUCCAACCAAAAAAUGAGAACCUGCAAAUCUGAACAGACUGGGUUUUUUUCUGAAGUCAAACUGCCCUUACUUCAGCUAAUAUUGUGUGAUCACCAAAGGGAUAAUAAGCUUUGCUCAAAAUAUAUUGAUGGGAAGGGAUUCCAAUGCUGAAACAAAUGGGAGACAGCUUUCAAAAGACCUCACGACUGAUGAACUUCGUAUGAUACUUUUGUGGCAGCUCUGUUUACAGCAUAAACUUCUUGCACUGUACCAGGGGAGUUCUGUACAUACUAUUUGGGAAAAUGCUUCAGAGUUUGUGCAUUAGUAGAAAAACAUAAUUCCUGACAAUGAAUGCAUAUGUUCUAUUUUUUUAUUUUAUUUUUGUAAAGAAUUGUUGAAUACUCAGGUUUGCUGGAACUAUAUUUAAGGCUCAUAAUCAGGCUAUCUUUUAUAGCAAGAGAAAUAAAUCAAAAAGGGAAUGGGGCAGGAAAUAAAAUAUUUUUAGGUUCACUGCACCGGAAUUAGAAAUUAGAAAUCAAUUCAACUAUAAAAUAUUUAAAGUUAACCAUUUGGAUAGUAGCAAUUUCUAAUGCUGGUAUAGCACUAAUUAAUAGUCAGUAUUUACAACUUGCACAGCUUAUGUGUGUGUAUAUAUCUAUAUCUAUAUCCUAUAUAUAGACAUGCAUAUAUUGUAUAGAUACGUAUAUGUAAAAUAUGUAUCAUAUGUAUACAGUGUAAUAUACACACACAUUUACUGUUUAACAGAAAAUAAAUAAGUAAAUGAAACCAAUGCUUUGCUGCUAAUCAAAUUUGUAGUACUUAAUGCACUUUGAGGAUCUCUCUCUCUAUAUGUACAUUAUAUGUUAAAUAGAGAUGCAAAGUCUCGCAAUUCAACAUUACUGAAGCUAUUAUUUUCAUCUUUAGAGUUUUGACUAAGUGUGAGAGCCAUUGUCUACAGUCUGAUUAUACUGUAUCUAACCUAACUACUGUAAAAAUCAGAAUAUGUAUGGCGACAUAUACCUAGACUGUUGAAACUUGUUUAUUUCAUGCUUAUCAUAUAAUUACUCGUGAUUGAUUGGAUGCAUAAGUAUGUCAUAUUUACUGUGUAUACACUGGCCAAGUAUUUCUGCUAUAGUUUGCUUGAAACAUAUGUAAAUAACUAGAUAUUAUUUCUUAACAAUGUACAGAAUAUUAUUUCCCCUGUCAUUUGGGAUUUCACUAGCCCAGAUUCUAAACUGGUGCAAGUUGGCAGCAGUGGGCCUAAGUCAGUACCUAAGGGUACAGAAGGCAUCCACCCCCUUCCUACACACCUUCAGUGGAGAGGUUUGAGGUGGUGUAAAAUGCAUAGAAAUUCAGAGAUUGGAGUGAGUGAUUGGGAGGAGUACAAAGCCAAAAAGGGCAUGUUUAAAUCACAAGGAGGCAUGUUGUGCAGAACGUGGGUUUAUCCUUAUGAUGUGGUGACCCAUCCAGGAAACAAGCAUGUGACAGCCCAAUCUAACAUAAAGCAUUUCCCCCAGAAAAUCGAAAUGUAGCGCGGAAGGCCACCACACCUGAUUUUGGCAUCUGGAUAAUGACAGACUCAUAGCAGCCAAGGUCCAUUGAGGAGGUGCUUUAGAAAGCUAGCAAGGCUCUUACAUGUCAUCCUAUGGAAAAUAAUACAUCUGCAUUAGAAAGAUAGGAUUAGAAAAGAUAUUGUAUUUUGAUUUCUAACAUAUUUUCACACAUAAUGGUCACCUAUGCAUAUCCCCCUAAUAUCUACUGUCUACUGUUUUUCUGCUUUCCUAGUACCUAAGUGCUAUCACUAAUAUCACUCCAUUUUUAGAUAUAUCUGUUACUACUUCAAGGAGAGGCAUGCCUAUCUGUUUCCCUCUCACCUGUUAAAAAUUGACUGUCUUGCUGUGCAAUUCUCUAAAACCUUGUUACCAUCACUGCUGGUUGCACCUUAUUGUAUACACAAUCCUUGCCCUGAUUUAUAACCUUCCUGGAUGUAAUUUCAUCUCACAACUCCUCAAAUACCAUGUACGUUAAAGCCAGAGAAUAAGUCCCCCUAUAUGUUACCACUGAACUAAAAGGUGUAAUCUGUCGUGCCCUAUGAAAUGUGUACCUCCUUAAAAUGUAAAUGCACAUUUUUGAAAAUGUAAAUACAGGUGACCUGGAAUUAAUAUGAGUUUACACUGAGCAUUCACAUCAUCUCUGGAACAUGAAGUAAGCAUGGUAUCUCCCUAUAUGUAGAAUAGCAGAUACCACAAUCACUGGAAAGUGGAGAAUGUUGAGUUGGUAAUGGCUCCCGCUGUACAUAUUAUUUGAAAACCAAACCAAACCCUGUUAUGUUUUGCAAUUAGAAGACUAUCAAAAUGUUUCUCCAACUAAGGUACCUGUUCCUCCAAAGAGUGCCACUGAAUGGUUACAGUUUACAAAAUAAUAUGAAUAUUAGAGCAGUUGCCUUGCAAAUACAUCAUAAUUAGCAAUGGCUGAUGUAUUAUUUACAAUGCAAUCACUAAAAGUUAGCCCAGCUUCUGGUUAAAUAUUAAUGUGGCUUUGAUAGUCACAGUGAACAUCUUUCUUAGUACAGGAGAAGGCAACAAGGUGUGGUUAAUAUCUGAGGUGUUAUAAAGUAAGCCUGUACUGUAUGUAACAAGAAAAUCAGAAUUUGUAUGACAUUUAAAUUACUUUUUGCGUGCGUUUCAUACACAAAAGACCUCAUUUAAACUAACUCUUGAUAUAUUGGCCCCACUCAAACUGAAUACACAUUUCCACAAUUAUUUUUUUUCAAAAUAGCAUAAAAUUAUCCUUACUAAUAUAGUGGGUAUAAGUCAAAAAUGUCUAUUUACAAUGUUCUUCCUCCCCACGUGUUUUUUAACAUUUAAUUGUCAGACUGUAGUAAAUGGAAAUAGGGGGCACUGCAUCAACAACGGAUUGGACCUUAUUUUCAGGCAUGUAUUAAAGCGAUGAGAUUUGUGUU